AACAAUGUCAACAACAAGGUCAUUCAUCCGCCUGCUCUUCACGCACAGCCGAGCGGAGGCGAUUCCGGUUAAGAAGGGUUUUAUUUUAAGUCCUCGAUCCAUACCGUGCGGUGGCGGUUGUAGCAGCAUUUCGUGCGUUCGUGUGUGUGUGUAGUGUGUAGUGUGUAAAGUUCGUUCACCACAAACAUGCUGCUGUCCAGGAAAAUCGUACCGCGAACGUUAGCAGGCAUCGCCAGCCGCGCUUACUCCGCCGACGGUAAUAGAAACUACGACAUUGUGGUAGUUGGCGGUGGUAUCGUCGGUACGGCCUCAGCACGCGAGAUUUUGCUACGCCACCCGGCCCUGCGGAUUGCGAUCGUGGAGAAGGAGCCCAAGCUGGCCUUCCACCAGAGUGGCCACAACAGUGGGGUCAUCCACGCGGGCAUCUACUACAAGCCGGGCUCGCUCAAGGCGAAACUGUGCGUCGAGGGACUGCACUUAAGCUACAAGUAUUUGGACGAGAAGAGCAUUCCCUACAAGAAGGUUGGCAAGCUGAUCGUGGCCACCAAUCCGGUGGAAGUGGAACGAUUAAACGACUUGUAUCAACGGUCGCUGGCCAACAACGUGCCGGAUGUGCAGGUAGUGGAUCAGGCCAAAAUCAAAGAGAUCGAACCGUACUGCCAGGGGCUGAAAGCGAUCUGGUCGCCCCAUACGGGCAUCGUCGACUGGGGCCUGGUGACGCAGUACUACGGGCGCGAUUUCAAGGCCGCCGGGGGCGAUGUGUACAUCAACUUUAAGGUGGCCAAGUUCAGCGAAGCACCGGACAACCUCGACUACCCGAUCGUGGUGCGCAGCGAGAAGGGCGAUGAGAUACGGGCCCGCCACAUACUGACCUGCGGCGGGCUGCAGUCGGACAAGAUCGCGGAGAUGACGGGCUGCUCGGCGGUGCCGAAAAUUGUCCCCUUCCGGGGCGAGUACCUGCUGCUCAACCCGGACAAGUGCCACAUGGUGCGGGGCAACAUUUACCCCGUGCCCGACCCGCGGUUCCCCUUCCUAGGCGUACACUUUACGCCCCGCAUGGACGGCAGCGUGUGGUUGGGCCCGAACGCGGUGCUGGCGUUCCGCAGGGAGGGGUACAAGUGGUCCGACAUCAACGUGCCGGAGCUGAUCGAUGCGUUGCGGUUCCCGGGAUUCAUCAAGAUGGCUUCCAAGUUUGUCGGUGCGGGCAUGAUGGAGAUUGCCCGGUCCGCGCUGAUUCCGCUGCAGGUGCGCGAGCUGCAAAAGUUCAUCCCCGACAUCCACGAGUACGAUGUGGCGCGUGGCCCGGCCGGCGUCCGGGCGCAGGCACUCGACAACGACGGCAACCUGGUGGACGAUUUCGUGUUCGAUCACGGGACGGGCGAGUCGGUGCUGUCGAAAAACAUUCUGCACUGCCGCAAUGCUCCCUCGCCCGGGGCCACGAGUUCGCUGUCGAUCGCUAAAAUGAUUGCCGACAAGAUCGAGCACGAGUUCCAUAUCGGAAAGUGAGUGAAGCACGCGCUUGAACGACGGUUGUUACCUAUUAUGCGGGGGCCCUAUUGCGGGGUGGAAUCAUAUUCCACCGAAAGCCCACCCUUUCGUUGCAAUUUAUUUUUACGAAACUUGUUAGAGUGUACAUUAUUUUCUCUUGUUUAACGGUUAUCGACACGCUGGUACGUUGCAUUUUACCUCGUCCCUUACAAAAGUAAGCAACAGCAAACAGACGAAAACAAAAAGUUAAAGCGAAUAAAAAAAAAAGAACGGAAUAAGAACAAACCUA